AUGUGGAUGGAUACCAAAUCAGAGGCGAAGCAGGCCAGCAGGACUCGUGCCGGCCUGCAUCAGCGUCUUUUCAACAGCUUGCUGCUUUGUACCGGCGAUAUGCUGCACUUGGAUCAGCACAUGGAGGGCAAGUUAUUUGUGCUGCAGCUGGCCGUGUGGAGCCUGCGGGGGGUGGCCAGGGUGAUCCUGGCCAACAACCCGCUCAGCGGUGCUCUCAUCCUGGCUGCACUGUACUGGGCUUCCCCCUGGCAAGGCCUGCUGGGAACUCUGGGCGUGCUGGCCUCCACGUUAACAGCUGUAAUCAUUGGACAAGACAGUGCUGAGGUGUCUGCAGGUCUCCAUGGUUUUAAUGGUAUGCUGGUGUCACUGUUGAUGGGAGUGUUUAGCUCUGCUGGAGACUGGUACUGGUGGCUGCUGCUGCCUGUCUGCUUUGGGUCAGCAACAUGUACGUUCCUCUUCAGCGGUCUCUCUCCACUGUUGGACCGCUGGGAUUUGCCAGUUGCUGUGUUCCCCUUCAACAUCGUCAUUGUCCUCUACUUACUCUGUACUGGUCCUAACAACCCCUACUACCCACACCACCUCGCCACACCACCGGGGGCACUGGAGCUGAAUGCUACUCAGCUUGACACAGCAGAGGUGGUGCGUGGCAUCCCUCUGGGUGUGGGUCAGAUCUACGCCUGCGGGGCCCUGGGACCCUCCCUCAUCAUCCUGGGGGCCGUUCUGCUCUACUCGCCCCUGAUGGCCCUCCACGCUCUGCUGGGAUCAGCGGCUGGAACACUAGCAGGUCUGUCCAUGGCAGUGCGUCAUGCAUCUCUGUACUCCGGUCUGUCAGGAUUCAAUGGAGCUCUGGGUUGCAUGGGUGUUGGAGGACUCUUCUUCACCUUCAGCUGGAGGACUCACCUCUUUGCUAUCGCUAGUGCCUUCCUUUCUGCGUAUGCUGACAUUGCCCUGAGCAAUCUGCUGGGAUCUGUGGGUCUCCCAGCAUGCAGUUGGGCAGCAACUCUGAUGGUCACACUCAUGCUGCUGCUGACUGGUCAGAGUUUAGCAGCGUACCGCAUCCCCAUUGGUCAGGUCAAGGCCCCGGAACACAACCUGCGCUCCCGCAGCCAAUGGGAAUCUGGCAAUACCUCAGACAGGGAGAGUACUGAUGUGUAG